AUGGGGCGGGUAGGGGCGGAUUUUUGCCCUACUCGACCCCGCCCCGCCGUCCUGUUAUGCAUAUACUACCCGCCCCAUCACUACCCGCGGGUAGUAAAUUACAGAACCCGAACCCGCCCCUGCGGGUACCCGCCCGCCCCGCCCCGCCCUACAAUAACCCGCAUCGAACUCGCCCCGCUUCUACCCGCAGGAAACGGCUUUGCUCGAGGAGGAAGUUGCCAUCCAGGAUGGCGGAGCAGCAGCGGAGGGGUUGAAUCUCCCAUCGCAGCAAGUGGCGCUGGCGAAGCUGCAGUUCUACAUCGAGGGCUGGAUCCUGAGCGGCGAGAAAAAUUGGUCUUGGCUUUUGGUCCCCAGAGUGUUCUUGCGGCGGCGUCCUCGGCGGAAUCGAAGGUUCCGAGCCAAACCCUUGCUUUCUUCAACGAGUCUCUGAUUUCGGCGGCGAAUCUUCCCCACGGUCUCUUCCUCGCGCCGCGGUAUCUAACUUCCUUCAAUACUGGCAUCGGCCCUAAUUCGUUUACCUCCGCCGUGGGUUUCAGAGCCGCAACUCCUCUGCCUCUUCCCAUGGCGAUGGCUUUGUUUUCAAUAUAAAAAAGAAUAAUUUGGUGAUGUUUUAAGGAACAGAGCGGAACUCAGAUUGGGAAACGAUGAAAAGAAUCAAGCUUUGAAAUCAAAUAAGCAUUUCAAUGUGUGAAAUUUUGAUGGGUCAUUCACACUGAUUUUCAAAAAAGAAAGAAAGAGAAAAAAAGAAAAGCAACACAUUCUUCUUCUUCUUCUUUUUUGAAUCUUUGUCUUUGUUGUUGAGUGUGGUGUGGAGGGUGCGCAUGGAGAGGGGAGUAGAGUGUGUUAGGGUAAGCGAGGGAGUGGAAAGGGAUGGGGAUAGGGCAAGGAGAGGAGGGGCAGCGUAGGUGGUGGUGGAAGAGGGAGUCAGUGGAAAUAUGUCCUGUUUUGAAACGACAUCAUUUUGGGGUGGGAGGACUAAUAUGUCCUGUUUUGAAAAGCUACACGUUUUGGUGUGAGAAGACUAAUAUGUCCUGUUUUAAAAAGUUACAUGCCAUGUG